GCGCAUGUUCACGACAAGGCCAGUUAGGCCACGAGGGGCUAAAGAGUCGGGCAAUCAGCCCAUGUAAUGCAUGUGCAUGUUUCCGUUUGGCUAUUUAACAAGAAUCAGAAAACGAUGCAAGUUAGUUCGGCAGCACCAAAACAGAGUCGAGCUCAGAGCGUUCUUCAGUCUACUGUAGCUUCUGUCUCUAACCAGAUGUUGGUUUGAGUGUGUCCAGGUGAUAGCGUGAGUUGAGCUCCGGCUGCAGCAAAACAGCAGCCGCCUUCCCCGGGAGCCAUGUCCAAUCUUCUCCCCCUCCUCCUCCUCUGCUCGUCCCUCCUCACCGCACCGACCAACGCCGGCGAUCCAGUCUACACCUACUGCCCAAACAACACGGGCUACACGCCCGGCAGCGCGUUCCAGGCCAACCUCGACGCACUCCUCUCCUCCCUCCCCAGCGCCGCGGCCGCGUCUUCCGGGUUCUCCAAGAGCACCACGGGCGCCGCGCCCGACCAGGCGUACGGCCUCGCGCAGUGCCGCGCCGACGUCAACGCCUCGAACUGCCUCACAUGCCUCGACGACUCGGCGCGGGACAUGGCCAGCAGGUGCCCCGGCCAGAAGAACGCCAUGGUCUUCUACAAUACUUGCGUGCUCCGGCAUUCCAACGCGAGCUUCUUCGGCGCCGUCGACACGUCGAAGUGGUACUACGUGUGCAACCCGAAGAACGCGACGCAGCCGGAGCAGUUCAGGUCGCAGCUCGGCGCGCUGAUGAGAAACCUCACAGCGAGGGCUGCGUACGCGUCCUCGCGGAUGUUCGCGGCCGGCUCGGCCGCACUCACGCCCUUCGUGAACACCUACGGCAUGGUGCAGUGCACGCGGGACCUCGCCGCGGACGACUGCAACCUCUGCCUCUCCAACGCCGUGGCUUCCAUCCCGAACCACUGCGACGGGAAGCAGGGUGGCCGCCUCUUCUACCAGAGCUGCUCCAUCCGGUUCGAGGUGUACCCGUUUUACAACGUCCAGGCAGCCGAGGCGGCGAUGUCGCCAGCGCCAGCCCCGGGAGGCGGGCCAGUCAACGUCAACGAUCACUCCGUGCCAGGAAGCAACGGAAGUAAUCAAAGAGUCAGGACAGCUCUGCUCGUGUCAAUUCCUGUUUCUGUCACGCUGUUGGUUUUGCUGCUAGUUGCUGCACUCUAUCUCUGCAAGAGGAACGGAAAGCCCCACAAGCGUGUCCAAAUUGCAAGCCCCGAUGAAGAAGAAAUGAGAAGUUCAGAGUCUCUGCUGUAUGAUUUGAGCACCCUACGAGCAGCCACUGACAACUUUUCAGAAGAAAACAAGCUCGGCGAAGGCGGGUUUGGAUCAGUUUACAAAGGUACACUGCAAAACGGGCAGGACAUUGCAGUGAAGAGAUUGUCAGCAACUUCGCAGCAAGGACAAGUGGAGAUGAAGAACGAGGUCGUCCUGCUCGCAAAGCUGCAGCACAAGAACUUGGUGCGCCUGCUGGGCUGCUGCAUCGAAGAACACGAGAGGCUCCUCGUGUACGAGUUCCUCCUCAACAACAGCCUCGACAAGAUCCUCUUCGAUCCUGCACGACAACAGGAGCUAAGCUGGGGGCAGAGGCACAAGAUUAUCGAGGGGAUCGGCCGAGGGCUCCUCUACCUUCACGAGGACUCGAGGCUGACGAUCAUCCACCGCGAUCUCAAGGCGAGCAAUAUCUUGCUGGACGCAGACAUGAACCCCAAGAUCUCGGACUUUGGCUUGGCGAAGCUGUUUAACAUGGACGCGAGCGUGUGUAACACAAGCCGUAUCGCCGGAACAUACGGAUACAUGGCGCCGGAGUACGCUCUGCACGGCAUCUUCUCGGCCAAAUCGGAUGUUUUUAGCUACGGCGUCCUUGUCCUCGAGAUCGUCACCGGCCGGCGCAACACCUAUACGCAUGCUUCAGGAUCUUCUGAAGAUCUGCUUACCUUUGUUUGGAGGCACUGGAGCAGCGGGAGCGUGCAGCAGCUGCUCGAGGGAUGCCCCGCCGACGGGCGGCGGCCGCAGGAGAUUCUGAGGUGCGUCCACAUGGGGCUGCUCUGCGUCCAGGAGGACCAGCACCUCCGGCCCGGGAUGGCGUCCGUCGUCGUCAUGCUCAACAGCCGCUCCAUCACGCUGCCGGCGCCCACCGCUCCGGCCUUCGCGCUUCCCGACCGUCCGCUCACUGCGGUCGUGGACGCGCGCGGGAGGGGAGCGGAUGGCCAGGGCCCGAUGGUGGCAGCUCCAGAGCCGUCAAUCAACGAUGUCUCCGUCUCGGACUUGGAGCCGCGUUGAUCUGUCAGUAGCACGGACGACGUUGAUCAGUCCAUCAACGAGGCCUUGUGUUCGAAUUUUCUUCUCGUUCUGAAUUGAAGGAGUAGCAUUUACAUUCAAAUUUAUACUACUAUCCAAAGUGAUUGGUUGUUGUUUUUUUAAACAAUGAUUAGUUGUUUUGUUGGAAAUCUUGGAUCGGAUGAAAGGAAAAUGAACAAUAAAAUGCCUUGUGGUUCAAGUUGACCUGGUUUCUUCCAAAUAAAACAGUGGCAAGUGUAAGCUCAGCAAGUGUGCAUCCAAUACUCUUUUCUUUGGGAAUACAGUUUGCUGAUUGACU